UUUAGACGUCGGCGAAAUCUGGUCGAGACUGUUUGAUCACAGGCCUUUCGUGCAAGGAGAGGUGAAAUUCUUCCUGAAGGAGUUCGAGCUGUGCGUUUGAAUUCGGUUGAUAGCGAAAAAAAUGGGUUUCCUGGAGGACAGUUGCAUCAUCCUGAUCUCGCAAGUGGGCUUCUUCGUCGGCGGCUGGGUGUUCUUCGUGAAAAAACUGUUCCGCGACUACGAAGUGCACCACGCGCUGGUGCAGUUGCUCUUCUCGGCCACCUUCUCGCUGUCGUGCACGCUGUUCGAGCUGAUCAUCUUCGAGAUCGUCGGUUUCCUCGAUCAGAGCACGCGUUACUUCCAGUGGCACUUCGUGCUCUACCUCAUCCUCUUCAUGACCAUCGUGCUGGUGCCCUUCUACAUAGGCUACUUCAUCGUGCGUAGCAUCAGCUUCGUCAGGGACCGAUGGGUGCGGCCGCUCACCAUCAUCGUGUGGCUCGCGUUCAGCUACUUCUUCUGGCGCCUCGGCGACCCCUUCCCGCUGCUCAGCCCCAGCAAAGGCCUCUUCUCCAUCGAGCAGGCCAUCAGCAGGGUUGGCGUCAUCGGUGUCACCAUCAUGGCCGUGCUGUCCGGCUUUGGCGCCGUCAACUACCCCUACACCUCCAUGGCCUACUUCAUGCGCAAGGUGCAAGACUCAGACGUUCAGUCGCUCGAGCGAAAGCUCCUGCAGACCAUGGACAUGAUCUUGGCCAAGAAAAAGCGCAUCGCCCUGGCCAGCAAGCGGCCUGCAGUGGCUCCUGGCACCACUGGUGGCGCAUCCGGUCUUUGGGGCCUGUUCCGAUCUUCAGUGUCAGCCCCAACGGAGAAUGUGCGGCAGCUGCAAUCCGAGGCAAGGGGCCUUGAGGAGCUCAGCAGGCAGCUCUUCCUCGAGCUGCACAGCAUGCGCAACAUGCAGGAGCGCGUCGAGUGGGCCAAGACCUGGCAGGGCAAGUACUUCAACCUGCUAGGCUACUUCUUCUCCCUGUACUGCACAUGGAAGAUCUUCAUCUCGACGAUCAACAUCGUGUUCGACCGCGUGGGCAAGAAAGACCCAGUGACCCGUGGCCUUGAAAUCGCUGUGCACUGGCUGGGCUUGGAUGUGGACGUGGCCUUCUGGUCGCAGCACGUGUCCUUCCUACUGGUCGGCUGCAUUGUGGUCACCUCGAUCCGCGGGCUGCUGCUGACGCUGACCAAGUUCUUCUAUGCCAUCUCGAGCAGCAAGUCGUCCAACGUGAUUGUGCUGUUGCUUGCACAGAUCAUGGGCAUGUACUUUGUCUCUUCUGUGCUGCUGAUGCGCAUGAACAUGCCGGCCGAGUACCGCACCAUCAUCACGCAGGUGCUCGGUGACCUGCAGUUCAACUUCUACCACCGUUGGUUUGACGUCAUCUUCCUCGUCAGCGCCCUCUCCUCCAUCUGCUUCCUCUACUUCGCCCACAAGCAGGUCGCCACCGACGACGCCGACGCCACCUUCCACGCCAAUUGAUGCCGUUCAGCAAGCACUGAAAAAAUUCACUGCUGAUCUUUUGAUGACCAUUUACACAAAGCAAAAGGACGAUGAUCGGGCUGUCGGACGUGCACUACUUCCCGCUGCCCUCGCAGGGCAACGUGUACUCGCUGGCGACGGUGGAGGGCGUGGGUGGCGCGCGGCGCCUGCUGGUGGCGUCGCUGCGGCGCAAGGUUUUCU